AUGUGGGGAUCUAGGGCACACAGCAGCACGCUGUGGGUAUACGGAUGCCCAACGAAGGGCUCUGGGGGUAUUGAGGUCAUGGAGAGCAACCUUCAGGACGUCGAGGAUUUGGCGAAACCAUCUAGCAGCGUAGCAGAGAUGCGUCAGAUGGCGAAAGAUCGCCUGUUUGUCCAGAAUCUGCCGAGGAAGCAGCUCAAGCCGCCGUAUCUCCAACAGGGGCUACGUCUUCUUCCCCGCCUGUUUCUAGUUACCCUCCUUGCAGGGUUACGGAGCGGCCUGGGUCGGUACAUACCUCAGAAAGUCGAGCCUCUACUGCUCUAG